AUGAUAAUCAUAGCAACUUUGAAACAAACUUUUAAUACGUCUACAACAACCACGACAACACCAACAACUACUAAUACUAAUACUACUACUAAUAAUAAUAAUAGUAGUAGUAGUAGUAGUAGUAGUAGUAGUAGUAGUAGUAAUCAUAACAAUAAUAAAAUCACACAUAUACAUACACAAACUCAUUCAUCCCGUCUACUACAUUUUUGUUGUUGUUCGUCAUUGAAUACAUAA